UAUGUGCUUUUUGUAGCUUUAUUUGCUUUCUUUAGCCAUAUUUGCCUCACAUUAAUUUACUUUUGCAUGUUGGUUAGUUCCCAGUGGACUUAAACUUACUAAUGUACCGGAUAAUAUUUAUUAUGUGGUCGCUAAGGAGAGCCACCGAUGAUCUCUAUGAUGCUUUCUUGGUUGUCAGUUUUAUUAGUGAGACACUGAUUUUGGAAAUGAAUGCCAAUGAUGAGUUGGAAGAAACUGAGAUAGAUGGAUUUUGUUCUCAAGUCCAGACUUUGUUCUGUCAUGAUGCUGUGUACAAUCAACUUGUGCAGGUUACUUCAAGCUCUGUAAGAUUGGUUAGCUCUACGUCUAAAAUGUUGCGUGAUGAAUGGACUGCCCCAUCUGGGUAUUCAGUUAAUGUGGCCACUGCUAAUGCCACCCAGGUUUUGUUGGCUACUUGUGGUGGUCAUUUAGUUUACCUAGAAAUUGGUGAUGGGAUAUUGGCAGAAGUAAAACAUGCCCAAUUGGAGUAUGAUAUAUCUCGCCUUGAUAUAAAUCCCAUUGGUGAAAAUCCCAACUUUAGUCAGCUAGCUGCAGUUGGAAUGUGGACUGAUAUAAGUGUGAGAAUAUUCUCUCUUCCAGAUCUGAAUCUUAUUACAAAAGAAAGCUUAGGAGGAGAGAUAAUUCCUCGCUCUGUCCUAUUAUGUUCAUUUGAAGGGGUAUGUUAUCUUCUUAACCUAUUCUGGCAUAUCUUGUUGUUCUUUUCUUAAUUUUUUCAAGCUCUACAUGCAAUAUUCUGUAUAGGGCAUGUAAAGUUUUCUGGUAAAACCUUGAAUACCCUACCAACUGCAUGUAUGAAAAGGGCAUUCAUACUAGAUUGGUUCUUCACUAUGCACCACUUAAAUUAUGGUUCGUUACCACAUUGCUAUAACAUUGCGGAACCAUAAUAAUGGGGGACCAAUCUGGCAUUUAGCUUGGAAAGUUUCAAGCAGAGAUGGGUUUGGAACUGUAUGUGCCAAUUUCAUCUAUAUAUGGCUGGUAAUGUGUAUCUGCUGUUAGUCUCUUUUGAUCCAAAUUUGCUAUGCGCCCUUGGAGAUGGCCAUCUCUUAAACUUUUUACUGAACAUGAGCACUGGGGAGUUAACAGAUAGGAAAAAGAUAUCCUUGGGAACCCAGCCCAUAACUCUCCAUACUUUCUCAUCAAAGAAUACCACCCAUGUUUUUGCUGCAUCAGACAGACCAACUGUCAUAUACAGCAGCAACAAGAAAUUACUUUACAACAACGUGAAUUUGAAGGAAGUCAGUCAUAUGUGCCCUUUCAACUCUUCUGCUUUCCCAGAUAGUCUUGCAAUUGCCAAAGAAGGGGAGCUUACAAUUGGCACAAUUGUUGACAUACAAAAGCUUCACAUUCGCUGUUGCUAUUUAGAUCUUGGGCCUCCUAUUUUAAGUUCCAGUCCUUGGCUUGAAUGUAUUCAGUCAUCGAUAUUUGUGUGUCUGGUUAAGCUUUUCCCAACUCAACUGCAUGAUCUCUUACUCUGUUUCUCCUUUUGUGUGGCACAAUUUAAGGUGAAAUUAGAAUUUUCAAUAUCUUAUCUUUUUAUUAAUUCAACUAUAUUUCUAGCUGAUUCCAGUACUUGUCAAUUGCUGGGACUGCAUCAUUCUUGGACUGCACACAAGCUCAUAUUCUACAAAGGUUUUCUCUAUGUACUUCCAAUAAAGUUUUUCCUUUACCCUCUCAAAAUAUUCUCCCAAUUGCAGUCACAGUUCUAGACGAUCUCAAAGGCGCGCCAGCUCUGGAAGAUCAAUUAAAGUCUCUAAGCCAAAUGUUUUGGAUGUUCCCAUGAUGAUUGAUCAGUUUCCGUUCUCUAUUUGCAGACAUUGGUUUUGCUUUUGUUGUUGAAACACAUGAAGUUGAUUUGUUAUUCUUUUUCUUGGAUGUUUUGAAAGUAAUAGAAAAAUAUUGUUGAGUUGUGGGAAGCU